UGUUUGGAGGAGAUGGGGAAAGAAGAGACAAUGGGUCACAAUUACCAUAAAAGAACGGAAAAGUUAAUUCCCUCCCAUUUCCUCCAAACACACCAGACCUAGCUAGAUUUCAUCCUGAAUCUCAGUAUUACCGAGGAGGAAAGAGGAAAGUGGAGUAACUCAUCAUCUAAGAAUCCUCCAUCCCCUUUCCCCUUGGAUAACCAGCUCACGUUUCAGUUUGUCUACACAGGUGAUAGAGAACCCAUGCCUAGAGUUAAGCAGGCUCCUAGAGUACUAACACAGGUAUCUGGAGCCCAGAAGCUGCUCUGAGUAGUCUCUAGAUGAACACUUUUCAUCCAGAGUGUUUCCUCUCUCGUCAGUACAUAAAAGAGACUGUGAGCCUACACUGCCUCACCUCUCACGUAACUGUUUGAUGUGUUCGGGACUACUAACAACUCCCCCACCCCCACAGCUGGAGGCUUUUUGACUUUUUUUUUUCCUAAGUGCAUGCUCAAAUUUACGAAAGUAAAUAAAAUAACAUAGCGAACUCGUUUACAGAAAUGCAAAUCAGAUCAGUAAGUGGAACUGUGCUACAGUCACUUCCUGCAAAAAGGUCUCUUCGCCAUUUCACUUGCCGAAAGCCCAUUUUGUAACACCGCGGCGGUAGGAGCCGGGCAGGAUCGGAGGGGGAGGAGGUAGCGCCUCCGCCUCUUCCCGGGGAGGACUGGCGGGAAGUGGCCAUCCCGCCCACCCGCCUGGCGGGAAGCUUAAAGUGCGCUGGAACGGCUGGGAGCCCCUUGAGUUCCCGCUCGGCACCGACAUGUCUACUCCCGCCAAGCGGCACUGCCAGAGCCCCGCCGGCUCCCUCGAAUCCAGCUUCCAGAAGCGCCUCAGGAAAAUUUCCAUCGAGGGGAACAUCGCUGCGGGGAAGUCAACGUUUGUCAGGCUGCUGGAGAAACACUGCGAUGAGUGGGAGAUCAUCCCCGAGCCCAUCGCUAAAUGGUGCAACAUCCAGACAGCCGAGGAUGAGUAUGAGGAACUUUCAACAUCUCAGAAGAGUGGAGGAAACUUGCUUCAAAUGUUGUACGACAAACCCACAAGAUGGGCUUACACAUUCCAGACUUAUGCUUGUUUGAGCCGAGUAAAGGCACAAUUAAAACCUGUCUCAGCCAAGUUACACGAAGCAGAACAUCCAGUGCAAUUUUUCGAAAGAUCUGUGUACAGUGACAGAUACGUGUUUGCUUCCAACCUCUUUGAGUCUGGAAACAUUAACGAAACAGAGUGGUCUAUUUAUCAGGACUGGCACACAUGGCUUUUGAAUCAGUUUCAAUCAGAUAUAGAACUGGAUGGCAUGAUCUAUCUCAGAACCACACCUCAGAAAUGCAUGGAAAGGCUACAGAUGAGAGGAAGAGAAGAGGAGCAAGGAAUUGAGCUUGAGUAUUUGGAAAACCUCCACUACAAACAUGAAAUGUGGCUUCAUGAAAGGACUAUGAGAGUUGAUUUUGAGUACAUUAAGGAGAUUCCUAUUCUAGUUUUGGAUGUUAAUGAAGAUUUUAAGAACGACAAAAUUAAACAGGAGUACCUGAUUGAUAAAGUAAGUAUCAGGGCAUUUAUAUCUGCUUUUCUUCUGAGGUUAUCAUGCAGUGACACUUCCAGAUAGAGUUGGGAGGGAGAGUAAACAACCAUUUGAGGAAGCAAGGUGAUAAUCAAGAGGUCGCUUGAGUCAAAAUGGUGUUUACCAGUUAAAGGCAAGACUUGGGAAGUAAACGCCAAAAGCAACUCUGGUGGUGUUGUUUGACCAGUACAUUGAAAAAAAAAAAAAACCAACCAAAAAAAAAACCUCCUAAUACUUAAAAGCAUGAGGAAGUGUUCUCCUAGCAAACCCUAUAAACCAUUUUCCUCAUCUUGUUCUGAGUCAUCAAUUUGAGAUUACUGGAGAAUGACUCCUUUUAGCUGAGCCGAAUUCCCUCAGUUAAACAGCUCUAAAUAAACUGGGAAGGGGCACACAGUGAUCAAUUGUGGAGGUAUUUGUCAUUACAUCCUCAUGGAAGCUAGCAGUUAAUAGCUUUGCUUUGAACAGACACUCAGACAUGGGUGUCUUCUACCUUUGCCCCUCUGAAAGGCCACAUGCAUUUCAGGUCAUGAAUUAAAUGUAGGGGCAAAAACAUGACUGAAAGUUAUAGUAACAAACCAUUUCUUCACAAAGAACUAGAAUAUCUCGGUACUUCCGCUUUUAAUGCGCCGAAUUAAUAUGUGUUUGUUUCUUUUUCUCAUAGGUCAAGUCUUUCCUGGCUUCUUUAGAAGAUGAAAAUUAAUUCAGAUAACAAGUCGCUAAAGUUCACCUAAAAAUCUGUGUUCAAAUAUUAACUAUAUAAAUACAUUAUCUAUAUAGCUUAUUUGAAAGCAAGCCAGAAAUGUAAAAACAUGGUUUGGGGUUUGUUUUUAUCUUGUCUGAGCUGUUUGAGUUUUGUUAGAAGUUUUUGUAUAGCUAAAAAGAACAAAUAUGGGGAGCUUUGAUAAUGCUUUUUUCUGUAUAUUCUCUGCUAUUUAAUAAAGGUUUUAAAAUCA